AGGCAUUCCAGGACAGAGGUGGUGGCCAGUGGCCAUGAAGCUGGCCUUCGAGGGGCUCAGCUAAGUCCAUGUCUCCUGUGGGAAGAAGGGGAGGAUGGAGGCCAAGGGAAGAAUCUCCAGGAAAACCAAAAUGCUUCUCGCUUCACCUCGGAAUCCUUCCCCUCACAGUGUUCCUCUUGGUCUUCUUUGGCUAUGGGUUCUUGAGCCAAAGAAGUCAGAAAUCGAGAGACCCAGGAGCUGUGACUAGUGUGGAUGUCGGAGAGCUGGAUGUCCGGGAAGCUGCAGCCUUGUCAAGGAUGGUCUACGCUCAGCCAAAGACGUUAACACCCAGUAGAGAAGAUGUCCUUGUCUUGACUCCGUGGCUGGCUCCCAUCAUCUGGGAGGGGACCUUCAACAUCGACAUCCUGAAUGAGCAGUUCAGGCUUCAGAACACCACCAUUGGACUGACCGUGUUUGCCAUCAAAAAGUAUGUGGUGUUCCUGAAACUGUUCCUGGAGACAGCAGAGCAGCACUUCAUGGUGGGACACAAGGUCAUCUACUAUGUCUUCACUGACCGUCCUGCCGAGGUGCCACAGGUGCCCCUGGGGGCAGGACGGAAGCUGGUGGUGCUGACCGUGCGCAACUACUCCCGCUGGCAGGAUGUGUCCAUGCACAGGAUGGAGAUGAUCAGCGACUUCUCUGAGCGGCGCUUUCUGCAGGAGGUGGACUACCUUGUGUGUGCAGAUGUGGACAUGAAGUUCCAAGACCACGUGGGUGUGGAGAUUCUCUCAGCACUCUUCGGUACCCUGCAUCCUGGUUUCUACAAAAGCAGCCGAGGGUCCUUUACCUACGAGCGCCGGCCAAAGUCCCAAGCCUACAUUCCCCGGGACGAGGGUGACUUUUACUAUGCAGGGGGCUUCUUUGGGGGAUCAGUGGUGGAGGUGCACCGUCUCACCAAGGCCUGCCAUCAGGCUAUGGUGGAGGACAAGGCCAAUGGCAUUGAGGCCGUGUGGCAUGAUGAGAGCUAUCUGAACAAGUACCUGUUGUACCACAAGCCUACAAAGGUGCUGUCCCCAGAGUAUGUGUGGGACCAGCAGCUGCUGGGCUGGCCCUCCAUCAUGAAGAAGCUGAGAUAUGUGGCUGUGCCCAAGAACCAUCAGGCAAUCAGGAACCGAUAGCUGAAUUCCUGUUGGAGAGGCCAGGCUUAUAUCCAGGGUCAUUCCAGGCUGUGUGGAACUGGGAAGAUUUGAGAGACAUUUAUGAAGUGUCGCCAUCUACCCCACUUCAGGGUCUAGCAGGCCCAGUACCACCUGUCUUAUCCUACACUGAGCCCCUGGAGUGGCAGCCACCCACAGCUCCCACUGUGUCUCUAAGCUCCUUCUCAGUGAGAUGUAGCAAGAGCUUGCACAACAAGGGAGAAAUGCUGUCAUGCAGUUACCUGAGGGCCUGGGCAUCCUUAUUCAGGCAUGUGCCUUCCUCUUCUGGGAGGCUUGACAGAUGACCAGUGCCCUUAGGAAUAGGCAGGAGGUCAUGGAGACUCACAGCCUGCAGGCCUCUGAGGUGCUUAGCUCCUGUUUAGCCCAACUGAUAGACCAACAGCCUGUGACCAAUGCCUCUGCUCAGUUUUGGUUCAUUUGGGAAUAGCUAGUUAUUUAUCCUGGGAAUAAAUGUAUUUGUAGAUGAUACAGGAAGUUUAAUUUUUUUCUUUUCUUUCUUUCUUCCUCUUCCUCCUCUUUCUCCUUUUCCUCCUCUUCUGCCUCCUCUUCCUCUUCUUCUUUUUCAAGGUACUUGGGAUUGAACCCAGGGCCUCAUGGAUGCUAGUCAGAUAUGCUACCACUGAAGUCCAGGUCAAGAGACACAUGACUGAACUUGCUGAGUGUUAGGUCCACUGCCUCAUUUUAUACUCCAGUUUUUAUCUGAAAUUUCCAAUCUAAAGCGAUUGAUACUUUUUUUUCAGUGUUGGGAUCAGACUCAUGUCCCAGCCUCCAGUUUUACAUUUUUUAGAUGGUAGAGGGUAUUGUUGCUUGUUUUUUUCUUUUUUAUUGAGUCAGAAUCUCUAGUAGGUCCAACUGGUUUCAGCCUUAAUGUGUACAAGGAUGGUCUUGAACUCCUGAUCCUUCUGUAUCUCCCUCAGCAGUGCUGGGGUGAUAAGCAUGUCAUGAACCUACCUCUGAUGUUCUUAAUUUUCUUAAAACCCCAGUGAUCUUGUUCCAAAAUGGUUUCUCGGCCCCAAAGUCCUUUGUGUCCUUAGCUGGUUUUUCAUUUCUCACAGUGUCAGAUUUUGUGGUUUUUUUCUGUGACAGGAUCCCUAUGUAUCCCCGGAUGGCCUGGAAUUUGCUACUAGACCAGGAUGGCAGAACUCAUAGAGAUCCUCCUCCCUCUGCCUGUCACCACACCUGGCCAGAUUUUUCCCCCUCCAUCAAAGGUGGAUAAACCACCAAUGUCAAAUAUUCCAUAAACCUUUCCCAUCUUGACAACCCAUGUAUGUGCUAUCUGACCAGCCCUGGAUACUCUUGAGACUUGACUUCCCUUCAUCCCUUUACCUUUCUCAGCAAUUAUGAAUUAACCAAUCACAUUAAUUCUGAUGUCUGAUUCCCGUCAAUGGAAUGAGGCCCGGUCAUGACCUGUGUUACCAUAAAAGCAAGUGAACAUCCUGUCUGGUGUGCUUGCUUGCUCUGUGUGGCGGAACACACUUUUCAGAAAGAAAUAGCCUUGACAGGUUGUUUUUGAUUCCUUGGGUGCUCGUGAGAUACUGAGAAUGUUCUCCAGAAACAUGAAAGCUAGAGGGUAGUGUCUUUCUGUCUCUUCUGUGAUUGGUGGAUUCCCUGGGUUCUCGGCCUCUCUGCAGGAUCUCUAAAAUGUAAGGUAGAAGGUGUGGACAGGGUUCCUUGAGGUCAGGAGGGUCAUUUAACCUCAGAGAUUAUGGUAGUUAAGAGAGGUGUGGGGCAUUAUUUAGGGGGGUUCAGACAAGGCUGGAGACGUGGAGGGCCCCCAUAGCCUUCUGUGAGCUUCUAUAUCCUCUUCAAUAUCUCUGUCUUCAUUCCCACUCAGGGUUGAUCUCUGGUUAUCUGGUGCUGGAAGCUGAGAGUUGGGAGUCUUUAAGGUAACAGCUAAAGUAAGGUACAAACAGAUCUGAAUAUUAAGAUGGAAAAAUUCCAAUGUUAGGAGCUUCCUGGGUGCCGUCAUCUUUCCCUUUUCUCUAAAGUUCAUACAAGCUUCCAUCUCCAUUUGAGAAAAACCAAAAUAAGUGUUUUCACAGGGACAUGCCCCGGGUUCCUUGUGCUCUCCACUGUCUAUUCCUGAGACCCCUUCUGGAAAGAGAGAGAGAGAGAGAGAGAGAGAGAGAGAGAGAGAGAGAGAGCUCAAACAAAAGUAAA